AUGGGUUCGCGGUACGAGGUGGAGGUGACCGUGGGCGCGGCCCGGGACCUGAAGAACGUCAACUGGCGCAACGGCGACCUCAAGCCCUACGCCGUGCUCUGGGUCGACGCCGGCGCCCGCUGCUCCACCCGCGUCGACCUGGACAACAACGAGAACCCCGCCUGGGACGAGAAGGUCGUCGUCCCGCUGCCCCCCGCCAGCCGCCUCCAGGACGCCGUGCUCUACCUCGACGUCGUCCACGCCAACGCCGCCGAGGGCGUCAAGCCGCUCGUCGGCUCCGCCCGGCUCCCGCUCCGCGACGUCGUCGACGACGCCGGCGUCGGGGCCAAGGCGUCCAGGAACCUGAAGCUGAAGCGGCCGUCCGGUAGGCCCCAGGGGAAGCUUGACGUCCGCGUCGCCGUGAAGGAGCCGGCGAGGUACUACGAGUCCAACCCUGGCGCCUACCCGGCGCCCGCGGGGUACGGCUCCUCCCGUGAUGCCUAUGGUGGUGGGUACGGCGCUGGUGCGGGCGCGUACGGCGCCGCGGCGGCAGCUGGAGGCUACGGCGCGUACGCCGCGGCGGCGCCUCCGUCAGCUGGGUACCCCGGCUACGGCUCCACCGCGCCGGCUCCCCUGGCCGCAGCACCGUACGGCUCUGCUCCACCGCCCUACGGCGCCGCACCGCCGACACAGGGAGCAGGCGCGUACGGCUCCUCUGCUCCGGCUUACAGCGCCGCGCAGCCAGCUCCGGCGGCGGGGUACGGCACGACGGGGGUGGCCCUGGACCAGAGCGGCGGGAAGAAGAAGAAGGGGAUGGGCAUGGCUGGCGGGCUGGCGGUGGGCGCGGCGGCGGGCGUGCUUGGCGGGCUGGCGCUGGCGGGUGGGGCGAGCUACGUGGAGCACAAGAUCGAGGACCGCGUGACGGAGCGCGUGGAGGAGGACAUGUACGGCGCUUGCAAUGGCGGGUUCAUCAGGCGCAGGCGAAGAUCGAUGACACGAGCUCAUGCACGUCCUCCAUGA